GACAUUCAAGACACACCAUUUAAACAUCCUUGCUCGGUUAACUGAACGAUCCUUUCAUGCACUACAAUCAAAAACCAUCAGCUAUGUUAUAUCAGUUAGAAUAUGAUGAGACAGUUUUUGUAAUCUUUGCUUUUGCUUCCUUUGUGUUUCCUGGUGUACAGCAGCAACCACUGAUGUACUCCAUUAAUCUCGGGAUGAGGAACAUUAGCCUCCAAGGGGUUUUACGCAUUUAAAAUACCUUUCAACUUUCCUUUUUCUUCUUCCUCAAUUUUUUUUUUUUGUGUGUGACAAUAUGCUAAUUAGAAACCAACUGGAGGAGAACAAUCUGUGUACACACAGGAGGGAUUUAGCAUGAAGAAGCCCUCCUCCAGCAUUUAAAGGUUCUGACUCCUAAUUUUAAGAGAAUCAGUUUUCACAGCACUGUGCAACACUAUGGGGGAAAAGCAGAAAGAAAACCGCCUGAGAAAGUCAUGGGACUCAUGUAGAGAAGUUCCAUUUAUUCAAGAUGAACAAAAAACCCCAAAACGACUCAGUUUUAUGAAAUGGCUCUGCUGUAGCAUAGUUGGUACCCUGGUGUUUGCUCUUACAGUACUGAGUAAGUCAUCAUUUCUGGUUUUGGUAACACUUGCAAGUAAUGUCACUAAGAGUGUACCUGAAGAGCAAAAAGCGAGCGCUCUGCUAAGUAUCAGCUGUGUAUUGGUUGGACCAAAUAUUCUGCUUCUGCUCAAGAGUGUAUGGAAAUUCAUUUUCAAAAGUGCAGUAAAACCAUCCAGGAAAACGGUCAUGUGGGUGCUGUUUGUUGAGUUUUUGGUGUCAUUUGGAGAAGCGGUCCUGACAGUGGUGGCCAUGCCAUAUUUUGACAUUGUCACUAAUGUGAUGAUCUUGAACAGUGUGAGCAUCCUGUCAGCAGUGUUCCAGGUGGUGGAUCAAUUUCGUGCCAGAUGGAAAGGGGAAAGUGAUUCACCCCAACCGAAGUCCCGCAAAAUGGAAUGUGGAAAGUGGUUCAGACCAAUUGCUUCCAUCAUCUUCAUUGUUCUGGGCUACAUCUUCUUCAUAAUCAAUUUCUUAGUAAUAGUAGAAAGCUCCUCUCAAGUUAAAACAUAUCUGUGUCUGGCCAUUGUAGGAACUAUUUUUGUUUCGUUGAACUGGUGGGAGAACUACAGCAGUCUGUUUCCAUUUUUGGAAGACAUCUCCAAAGACAUAGCCAGUUCCCAGAAUGUGGUUUGCAUUCUAUCCAGUGUCGUGAAAGUCCUGGUCACUGCAGCUGUUGUUGUAUGUAGAGUUCCUUUGUCGAAGUGGAGUUCCCUAACCUUGAUCUCUGCAAGUGUGAGCAGGACAGUCUUUGGUUUGAUGGCAGUCCAGAUUGUUUCUUCUGCACUGUGCCAUUGGUUUGUAGUGGUGGCGUGCAAGAUGCAUGCCCUGCGUCGCUGUUUUAUUGUGCCCAUGUACUUGUCCUCUGUAGCUGUUAUGCUGCUGUUCAUUACUCCAGUAAUUCCUUUUUCUCAUUGCCCUUGCUCAAAUUGUAAUAAGCCUUUUGAUAACAAGAGCAACAACAUUAUUCCACUUUGUUCAUUGAUGACCGACAUCAGGGACACACUUUACUCACGCUGUAUUGUGUCAGAAAUGAAUGUUGGAGGAUUGGUGGUUCUUGUUCUGUGCGCCCUUAGCUGGUGGCUGGGACUCAUGCUAACCACUGGUUACAUCUGGUUCCUGAAGAUCCAGCGCAUUGAGAGAACUCAUGAUCUGUUUGUGAAGCGGAUGUAUGAGGGAGCAUUUCUGGAACAGUCCAUGUUGCUCAAUACACGUUUUGUGGCCAGGGAGAAAAAUAAGGAUGAAAGGUCAAAAUGCCCAGUGACAGUCUAUUUGUGUGCAACAAUGUGGCAUGAAACGUAUGAUGAAAUGAUGAAAAUACUCAUCUCAAUGUUCAGGCUCGACAAAUUCCGUCCAAAAAUGAAUAACUACAAUGAUGCUUACUUUGAGUUCCAUAUUUACUUUGACGAUGCCUUUAAGGAUGUACAGAAUGGCAAAAUGCGACAUGUAAACGAAUAUGCUGAGACUUUAGUGGACGUAAUCAAAGAAGUUUACACAAUUUUUAGUGAGGACGACCCGUGUAUAUUCAAGAAGAAGCCCCGCCUCCCUCAGCAGAAGAUCAUCAGCACACCAUAUGGAGGUCGUCUGCAGUACACGCUUCCUAAAGGCAAUACAAUGAUGGUUCACCUCAAGGACAAACAGCUGAUUCGACAUAAAAAGAGAUGGUCCCAGAUCAUGUACUUAUACUACCUAUUUGGCUGGAGACUCAACAACAAGUACUUGAAGAUGUUUGAGAAUGGUGGACAUGUGGAUGAACUGAGGAAUAAUCUAAAGAAAGAGAAAGAAAACACAUACAUCUUGGCCCUGGAUGGAGAUACAGAUUUUCAGCCCUCUGCUGUGAUGCUACUGAUCGAUAGACUUAAACUAUACCCAGAGGUGGGUGCUGCCUGUGGCCGGAUUCAUCCCACUGGCACUGGGCCCAUGGUGUGGUAUCAGAAAUUUGAGUAUGCAGUGGGCCACUGGCUGCAGAAGACAGCAGAGCAUGUGUUUGGCUGUGUGCUCUGUAGCCCUGGUUGCUUUAGUCUCUUCAGAGGUGCUGCCCUCAUGGACGAUAAUGUCAUGAAGAGAUACACCACCAAACCAACAGAAGCCAUUCACCAUGUACAAUACGACCAAGGAGAGGACCGCUGGCUCUGCACUCUCUUAGUACAGCAGGGUUGGAGAGUGGAGUAUAAUGCUGCAUCAGAUGCCUACACUAACGCACCACAGGACUUCAAAGAGUUCUACAACCAGCGGCGGCGCUGGGGUCCCUCCACCAUGGCAAACACCAUUGAUCUGCUUGGCUCUGGGGGUUUGACCAGUAAGAGGAACAGCUCUAUCUCUAAACCUUACAUCGUUUACCAGGUUGUCAGCAUGGGUGCGUCCAUUUUGGGACCUGCCACCAUCUGCCUGAUGAUAGCAGGAAGCUUUAAUUUUAUAGUAAAUAUGGAACAAAAGGUUGCUCUCAUUGCAGCCACAGUGCCUCCCACAAUCUACCUGGCACUGUGCUUCAAGCUGAAAUCUGACACCCAAAUCCAGAUAGCAGCAGUCAUGAGCAUUCUGUAUGCGUUCCUCAUGACCGGAACUAUUCUCUCCAUCAUAGGAGACAUAGUGAAGAAUCAGACAUUUAUGACCCCCAGUGGCCUGUUUCUGAUUAGCAUGACUCUACUGUACCUCAUCACAGCCGCUCUUCACCCUCAGGAGUUUUCUCUGCUCAUCCAUGGGGUUCUAUAUUUCCUCUGUAUACCCAGUGGCUAUCUCCUGCUUUCUAUUUACUCCAUUGUGAAUAUGAACAAUGUCUCAUGGGGGACACGAGAGACUGGUGGCAAAGCGGAAACCACAGCAGUGAGCGCCAUCAAGAGGCAGGUUAUACAGGCAGCAUGCUGUAAAUGCCCCUGCUGGAAUAACAGUGACACUGCAAUUGAAACUGAGCCACUGCUGAAAUCUGUAGUGUCAGAGGAGCAAGAUCAUACAGUCCACAUGGAUUCUGAAGAAACUGAAAGUUCAAAUAAAUACUUCACACUACAAACUCCUAGAAGCUGGAUUGAAGAACUGCAAGAAAAUUCUCAGGAUUUUCCCCUUCACCAGGACACACUCUCAGAGGAUGAAACAGAGUUUUGGAAAGAGCUGCAGAAACGGUAUUUAGAACCUCUUAAAGAAAACAAAGAGCAACAGGAAAAAAUCGCAGAAGAGCUCAAAGACCUUAGAAACAAGGUGACAUUUGUCUUCUUCAUCUGCAAUGCUCUUUGGUUGAUGGCCACCUUGUUUCUCCAAACCAUCGGCCAACCUGUCUCCUUGGCUAUUCCAAAAAUCUAUCCAAAUGGGACGGUUGCAAAAGGCGAAACAUUUUCUGUUGAUCCAAUAUCACUGAUGUUUCUCCUGAGCUUUGCGGUGCUCUUGUUCAUGCAAUUUUUCGCCAUGCUUUAUCACAGAAUCUACACGUUAAUCCAUUUUGUGGCCUACAUUGACACUGAGAUUAAAGCUGUUAGGAAAUCAACUGAAUCCAAUCAUGACAAAACGGUUCCUGAAUCGUCAGAAUCCAAUGCUCAGCCUGGCACACCGCUGGAAAUGGCUUCAUAUGAACAGAACCCACCUGCUAAAGGAGAGAUCUCAAGAGUAACUUUAUUAUAAGAUGUCAAAACAGAAACCAUGCUUACCUCAGUGGAAGAAUGCUCUUCAUCUUAAUUCUAUCUGUUGAAUGCAUUACGGUACAUAAAACAUACAAGAAAGAAAAUAGUUAUUUAAAAUACAUUUAUUUAGAAUACAAUCCAAUAGACUAAGAUAGAGAUGCACCUAUAAUAUAUGGUUGCACCUACUGUAUGUACUAUACAUAUACUAGACUUCUAGGCACACUAGAAAUCUAUUGGAUAGUGUAUCUGGGUGUUGGUUGUUCAGCCAGAUGAUGUCUCAUCUGUUUCGUAAAUGCAGCAGACUGUAGCUCUUUCACCUUGUGUCCUCCUCUCAUAUUUUGGUGCAGCAAAUGUGAAUGUACUGGCUAUUUAAUAGGCUACUUCAUUGAUUGAUAUUUAAUUCCUUCUUCUGAUUUAUUAAUUGGUUCAAGACUCAAUUAAUCUAUCACAUAAUUAAAUGACUCACUGAUCACUUGACCAUGCUGAAAACACCAGUAUGUGAAUUUCUGUCUUCCUGCUCUCUUUUUUUGCUUAUUAGAAUAAACAUGUCUUCUCUGUAACCAUGUUUCUGCUUUGUGUUCUUAGAGUUGGAAAUGUCUUGUUAUGUUGCUAUGCCAUUCCGCAUUACACAACCAGAAGCUUGGGGCUAGCCCAGCCAUGAAGGCAAUGGGAAUCACUUUACACUGUAGCAGUACUUGACAUUGUCCAUGGCUGAAGCUGCUGAGAAAAGUGGGACAAGACAAGAGCACAAUGAGAGAGCAACAAUACACAUACUGUGUACAUCUAGAUAGAUUUGAAACCAUUCAAAAAUUACUCCCACAAUAGAUAGAUAGAUAGAUAGAUAGAUAGAUAGAUAGAUAGAUAGAUAGAUAGAUAGAUAGAUAGAUAGAUAGAUAGAUAGAUAGAUAGAUAGAUAGAUAGAUAGAUACAACUUUAUUGUCAUUGCAAAGUACAGGUACAUAGCAACGAAAUGCUGUUUAGCAUCUACC